CAGUUUGGUAUUUGACCGACACGUGCGAUAGGGCCGCGGUCCACGACGAAAACGUCGCGACGCUCGUAUCUCUAAAGUUGGGGCGGUUAAGUUGGUUAAAAAAAAUGUGUCGCGUGUGGGUGAAUGCCUAUUCAAAAUAGUUCGAAGAACAAGAUUGACGCAUAAAUAAGAAGACAUUGACCUUCGCGUAGGUGCUCGUGAUGAAUUAAGUACACCUCGUGGUGACUAAGUGUCUGCUGCGAAUAAUGACGCCAUUUAGUAGUCGUGACGUUCGCUCGAGAGCAUUUUUUUAACGAGGAGCAAACCGGCCAAGUAAAACCUGAUCCUCGAAUUUCGAAUUGCGAGAUUAAGUCAUGGAAUCAAAUCUUUUCGAUAGAGAUAGGGUUGGAGUUCAGGAUGCAGUGCUCUUAGAAGAUUAUACGAACGAAGACGCCUUUGUUGACAAUCUAAACAAAAGAUUCAAUGCGGAUGUUAUUUAUACUUAUAUUGGGCCGGUACUGGUCAGCGUAAACCCCUACAAAGAACUACCCAUUUACGGCCCAAAAGAUGUGAAAUCCUAUGAAAGGAAACAUUUUUUUGAAGUUCCUCCACACGUCUUUUCAGUUACGGACACAGCGUAUAGGUCCCUGAGAGAAGAAAACAGAGAACAAUGUAUUUUAAUUUCAGGAGAAUCGGGUUCCGGCAAAACCGAGGCCUCCAAAAAAGUACUCCAGUACAUUGCGGAAGUAACUGAGCGCAAAGGCGAAAUAGAGAAGGUCAAAGACAAACUGCUGGAAUCUAAUCCGGUCCUGGAAGCGUUCGGGAACGCAAAGACCAACAGAAAUGACAACUCCAGUCGGUUUGGAAAAUUUAUGGACGUGCAGUUCAAUUUUGAAGGAAACCCAAUCGGAGGGAACAUAUUGAACUACCUGUUGGAAAAGUCCAGAGUUAUCAGUCAAUCUCCAGGGGAGAGGAACUUCCAUAUUUUUUACCAAUUUUUAGAAGGUUCCAGCGAUGAAAGACUACAAGAACUGGCGUUGAAGAAAGACGUUAACUCCUACUACUAUUUAUCAAAUGGGGUGAAACCCCAGACUUUUACCGUUAACGACAGCAAAGAUUUCAGAGAGGUAGAGAGGGCCCUCAAGAUACUGGAAUUUUCCGAAUCCGAACAAGAAGACAUGUUCGCUAUUGUUGCCGCCAUUUUGCAUUUGGGAAAUGUCGGAUUCACGGAAACCGAAGGGAAAGCGGUGAUCGUAAAACCAGAUUUGAUUGAAACUAUAGCAAAGAUACUUAAAUGCGACGCAGAACAGCUAAAGCUUGCUCUUACACGCAGAACGAUUGAAACUACGAGGGAUUUGGUGACGAGUCCGCUACACAGAGAACUGGCUGUUUAUGCAAGAGACGCCUUAGCCAAGGCCGUGUACGACAGACUAUUCACAUGGUUAGUAAGACGAUUGAAUAGUUCCCUGCAGGCGCAGGAUUCUCGCAAGAAAGCCGUCAUGGGAAUUUUGGAUAUUUACGGCUUCGAGAUUUUCGAGAAGAACAGCUUUGAGCAGCUGUGCAUUAACUUCUGCAACGAGAAGUUGCAACAGCUUUUCAUCGAGCUAACUCUAAAAUCUGAACAGGACGAGUACGAAAAAGAAGGAAUCCAAUGGGAACACGUUCAGUACUUUGACAAUAAGAUUAUCUGUGAUUUAAUUGAGGAAAAACAUAAAGGGCUGAUCGCAUUCAUGGAUGAAGAAUGCUUACGACCCGGCGAUCCGAAUGACCUCACCUUACUAGCUAAAUUAAAUAAACAAUUGGGCUAUCACAAUCAUUAUAUAAGUCACAUGAAAGCCGACUCCAAACUUCAGAAAAUAAUGGGGCGAGACGAAUUUCGUCUGAUCCACUACGCCGGCGCAGUAACGUACAACGUCAGGACAUUUAUCGAGAAAAACAACGAUCUCCUCUUUAGAGACCUGCGGGAGGCGAUGUGCAGCUCGAAGAACAGCGUCCUCCAAGCUGUGUUUUUGGAGUCCGAACAGAAGAGCAAGAAACGGCCGGAUACCGCGAUCACGCAAUUCAAAAACUCCGUGAACAAUUUGAUGUUGAUUCUGAGGGACAAGGAACCAUCCUAUAUUAGGUGCAUCAAACCGAACGAAUUUAAAAGACCGGAUCUUUUCGACGUCACAAAAGUCAAGCAUCAAGUGACAUAUCUGGGAUUGAUGGAAAAUCUUAGAGUGAGGCGAGCGGGCUUUGCUUAUAGGCGGUUAUACGAACUGUUCCUUAGGAGGUACAAAUCGCUGUGUAAAGAGACGUGGCCCAACUUUUACGGUUCUGCAAAGGACGGAGUUCAGCAUUUAGUGUGCACACUCGGUUAUGAGAGAGAUGAAUAUCAAAUGGGAAGAACGAAAAUAUUCAUCAGACACCCUCAAACCCUGUUUCGUACAGAAGACCUCUUCCAAGUAAAAAAACACGAUAUCGCAGCGAUAAUUCAGGCUGCCUGGAAAGGUCUGAUGCAAAGGCGAAGGUACCUGAAGAUGAAGGAGUCGGCAACCAUAAUCCAGAAAUACGUAAGACGGCACUUAGCCAAGCGAAACGCUCUCAAACGGAGAAAAGCGGCCCAAACCAUUAGACGGUUUAUUCGUGGUUACAUCACAAGAAAUGAUCCACCUAAUGACGACAAUAAAGCCUUUAUUCUGGCUGCAAAGAUUAAUUGGUUGGAGAGGUUAGCCAAGAAUCUCCCUCAAAACAUUCUCCAUAGAACUUGGCUCCCGUGUCCUAAAGUGUGUCAGGAAGCGUCAAAGCACCUGGAGAUUAUGUACGAGGCGCACAUGUCAAGAACUUACAGAUUGGCAUUGACACCAGAAAGAAAACGACUUUUAGAAUUGAAAGUUUUGGCGGAGAAGCUUUUUAAAGAUAAGAAAAAGAGUUACCAAACAAGCAUAUCGGAGGUGUUUAUUAACGACAGAGUAUCUGCUGCAAGUGCAGCCUUAAAAACUAGUUACUCUUUGCAGCUUAACGGAGACAAAGAAGUGUACGCCAGUAGUGUAAUGAAAUAUGACCGACACGGUUAUAAACCAAGAGAGAGGAUUAUAAUAGUAACCCAGAACAAUCUUCAUGUUUUGGAUUGUAGAAAUUCCGUGAAACAAAAGCACUGCUUGCCUUUAAAGAGAUUGAGAUUUAUAGUAACGCACGAAAGUGACAAGUUAGUACUAGUUCGUAUACCCGAGGAUCUUCUAAAGAAAGAUAAGGGCGACCUAAUUUUGGAGGUUCCUCAUUUAAUAGAGGCGAUUACAAUGAUCAUUGAUGUCACAAAAGAUCCUUCACUGCUCACAAUUAUUGACGAGAAAUCCAUCGAACAUAAUAUGAAUGGAAAGCACGGAACUAUUGAGAUUCAAGUGGGCAAUCCUGAAAGAAUUCAUAAGGAUAAAAGCGGUCAUUUAUUGAUUGUCGCAUCGCCUUAAAAUUGUGAAAAAUUUGUUACUUUAUUUUACUCUGUUUCUUUUUAAAAUGUUUAUUUAUGGUUAUAUUUAUUUAUAUUUUAAAACAUGAUGGAAUGUGGAAAGUUAUUGAAUUGCAAAUUAUAGAUAUUCACAAUCACCUAAUAACGUGCCUUAAGCAACUAGCGCCUUUUUUAUUGUAGUGCCAUGGAAGUAUUUACCUUUUCUAUAAGGAACUUGUCUGCUUUUACAUAUCGAUGCUUAAGAUAUUUCCGGACAUGGAACUUAAAUAAAUGUCGUUUUUAA